AAAUCAAUCCUCAAAUUCACUUCACAAGCAUUUAGCUAUCACAACUUCUUUCCUCUUCACUAAAAGCUACUUAUAUACAUAUUUUCUUGGCAUUUGGGCCAAACUACUCAUUGUUUCUUGAAGUUGUUUCAAAAUGGACAUGGUGAUGAAGUUGGGAGCAACAAGCGCGGUGGUGGUUUUCACAAAGAGUAGUUGUUGCAUUUCUCACAGCAUUGAAACCCUAAUUCGUAGUUUUGGAGCAAACCCUACAAUUUACGAGCUCGAUACACAUCCAAAUGGGAGGCAAAUGGAGAAGGCAUUGAUGGAACUAGGGUGUCAGCCAAGUGUUCCAGCAAUAUUUAUAGGGAAAGAGUUAGUUGGUGGUGCUAAUGAGAUAAUGAGCCUUAAUGUGAGGGGUAAGCUUAAACAAUUGCUCAUUAGGGCUAAUGCCAUUUGGGUAUAGAAAUUACUUAAUAAUGACUUGGUAGCAAGUCUAGGAGUUUUGACAAUAAAUCAACCCCAUUUGUAGAGUUUCUUUCUAGCUUUUUAGCAAAGGUUUCUAUGCAGCAAAGGUUGUGUUUUUCUCCCAUUUUUAUUUGCUUCUUAAUGUACUAAAAAGAGUUAUACUUUGGUCAUAGCUAGUGACUAUUUUACUUGUUCACAGCUGAUGGGAUGAAAGAAGUUCAUAGCAAUGAUCAUAUCUUUAUUAUUGAA